CUCCCUGCGGGGAAAGCCUUUGAAGGAGAAAGAGAAGGGGGGAGCCGUAUGACUCUCCUCCUUCUGCUCCACGGGGAGCCUGUUUCCCUGAACUAUUGUGUGUGAGUGAGUGACGGAGAAAAAGAGAGGAUCCCCAAAGGACGGAAGCGGCGUGCCCUCCGCGUGACUUUCUGCAAGUCCCCUUUUGCACCAGGACCCGGGAAGGCGCGCGAUCUCCGCCUGGUUUCUCCCGGAUGCCGCUUGCACAGCUCGCUCUCCAGGGCAGGUGCAACUCCGGGCAGAGGCUGCCCUGCAAAAGCCUCCAAAGCUGCCCCCGCGGCCGCCAUUUCACCCCAGGUGCCGGCAGGGGGCGCACUCUUGGCUGCCCACUGCCGAGGCCACUGCGCAUGCUCCACUCGGUCUGCGUGGUUGCGUAGUUUCGGGCGCGAGUCGCUCCCUGGGAAUCUGGUGGGGGCGGGCAAGGACGGGUCCGCGACUCAGAUCUUCCACAGGAGAGGGAACGAGGUUCGGUGGGAGCGGGAAACCCGCCCCAUAACGGCUCUUGGCUGUGCAUGGGGGAAAUCCAAGAGUGAGGAGGAGAGAAGGAAGCCCAAAGGAAUCCCCUGCUCGCAUCUUCGGAUUCCUGGAAGACUGGAAGGAUCCUUGGAGAGCCAACGGAGACCAGUUGCCCGGCCGCGCCAGUAGCUGGAGGCUCAGGAUACCUCACUAGUGGACAAAAUGGAGUCACCGUUGUUCACUGAAUCUUCUCCUCCUAUUGAUGGAGCUGAAAGAACUGCUGGAUUCCUGACUCAGAGUCCUGUGUCCUUUGGGGAGGUGGCCAUCCAUUUCAACAGUGAAGAGUGGCUGCUGCUUGAUCCCAACCAGAAAGUCCUGCAUGAAGAAGUCAUGUUGGAAAUGUCUAGGAUCAUGGCUUCUUUAGCAUUUGAUACACAGAAGAAGGGAAAUGACCGGGAGCCAAAUUUAGUGCCAUUGCAAAUAAUCAAAACUGAAAUUCCUGAGGAGACAUCUACAAAUAAUCGGGGAAGGAGAAAACGUGGAAAGAAUCACAAUUGGAGAGAAAAAACUAUUUCUGAAUAUGUGGAAAUGGAUCGUUUCCUGACCCAACAUGAUUCCAAAGAAAGUACGGAGAAAUGUCGAAGUAGAAAAAGAUUCAAAGUAAGCCCUAAUGUUAGUAACCACUACAAAAAUUCAAAAAGUUUCAGCAGUAAUAAUGUUACUUCACAUAAAAAGAUCCAGGCAAGGGAGAAGCCCUACAACGGUGUGGACUAUGGAAAAAGCGUGGGGUGGAGAGAUACUUUAACUUUUCAUGAAAAGAUCCACACUAGAGAAAAGCUCUAUAAGUGCCUGGAGUGUGGAAAGAGCUUCAAGUAUAAAGGCUAUUUGAAAUCCCACAAAAGGAUCCAUAAAAGGAGAAAACCUUAUAAAUGUGUAGAUUGUGGAAAAACGUUCAGUGUGAAGAGUUCCCUUGCUUGCCAUAAAAGGAAGCAUACUGGAAAAAAACCCUAUAAAUGUAUGGAGUGUGGAAAGAGCUUCAGUGUAAAGAGUUCUCUUACUUCUCAUAAACGGAUCCACACAGGAGAAAAACCCUAUAAAUGUCUAGAGUGUAGGAAGACUUUCCACCACAGUAGUCAACUUACUUUGCAUGAACGGAUGCACACAGGAGAAAAACUCUAUAAAUGCCUAGACUGUGGAAAGAGCUUCAGCCAAAGCAGUGACCUUACUACCCAUUUUCGGGUCCACACAGGAGAAAAGCCUUAUAAAUGCAUGGAGUGUGAAAAGAGCUUCAGUGUAAAGAGUUCUCUUACUUCUCAUAAAAGGAUCCACACAGGAGAAAAACCCUAUAAAUGCAAACAGUGUGAGAAGAGCUUCAGCAGUAGUAGAUACUUGAGGAGCCAUAGAAGGAUCCAUUCAGGGAGAAAACCUUAUAAUUGUGUGGAUUGUGGACAAAGGUUCAGUCUGAAGAGUUGCCUUACUUCCCAUAAAAGAGUACAUACUGGAGAAAAACCCUAUAAAUGCCUAGACUGUGGAAAGAGCUUCAGCCAAAGCGGUGGCCUUGCUACCCAUUUUCGGGUCCACACAGGAGAAAAACCCUAUGAAUGCCUAGAGUGUGGAAAGAGCUUCAGUGUAAAGAGUGGUCUUACUUCUCAUAAAAGGGUCCACACAGGAGAAAAACCCUAUAAAUGCCUAGAUUGUGGGAGGGGCUUCAGACUAAGCAGUGGCCUUGCUAUCCAUAAAUUGAUUCACACAGGAGAAAAACCCUAUAAAUGCAUGGAGUGUGGAAAGAGCUUCAGUGUAAAGUGUUCUCUUACUUCUCAUAAAAGGGUCCACACAGGAGAAAAACCCUAUAAAUGCCUAGAUUGUGGGAGGGGUUUCAGCCAAAGCAGUGGCCUUGCUACCCAUAAACGAGUCCACACAGGAGAAAAACCCUAUAAAUGCAUGGAGUGUGGAAAGAGCUACAGAAACAGCAGUUACCUGAACCUCCAUAAACGGUUUCACACAGGAGAGAAACCCUAUAAAUGCAUGGAGUGUGGAAAGAGCUUCAGUGUAAAGAGUUCUCUUACUUCUCAUAAACGGAUCCACACAGGAGAAAAACCCUAUAAAUGUCUAGAGUGUAGGAAGAGUUUCCGCCAAAGUAAUCAACUUAUUUUACAUAACAGGAUCCAUACAGGGGAAAAACCUUAUAAGUGCACAGUCUGUGGAAAGACCUUCGCUGCUAGUGGCCAUCUGAUGUACCAUAAAAGAACCCACACAGGAGAGAAGCCUUAUAAAUGCUUGGAAUGUGGAAAGGGCUUCUGUGAUAACCGUACCCUUACUUCCCAUAACAGGAUUCAUAAAGGAGAGAAAUCAUGUAUGCCAUGAAUUUGGGAAGAGUUUGAGUACAAGCCAGUCCCUUACUUAUCACAUUAAUACCACACAUAGAAGAAAUUGCACUACUGCAAUUAAGUCACCUGUUCCCAUAAGAGGAUCCACAC